AUGGCUGGAGGGUCUCCAUUCAGAGAUGAAAUCACGCUGGCCAUCCUCCAGCUGCAGGAGAAUAACAGGCUGGAGAUACUGAAGAGGAGGUGGUGGGAGGGAGGCCAAUGCCCCAAAGAGGAGGACCACCGUGCCAAGGGUCUGGGCAUGGAGAACAUUGGGGGCAUCUUUGUGGUGCUGAUCUGUGGCCUCAUCAUUGCUGUGUUUGUGGCCAUUAUGGAGUUUGUGUGGUCGACACGCCGCUCUGCAGAGACCGAUGAGGUGUCUGUCUGUCAGGAGAUGAUCACAGAGUUCCGAAACGCCGUCUCCUGUAAGAAGAGCUCCCGUAUGCGCCGCCGUCGGCCCCUCAGCAGCUCCGCGGCCCUGCGCCAUCCCACACGCAUAGCCCUGGGGGCCCCUCGGCCCCUGCGCCUCGUCCGGGAGAUGCGCCUCAGCAACGGCAAGCUCUACAGUGGAGCUGGCCCACUGACAGGUGGAGCUGGAGGUGGAGGAGGUGGAGCAGGAGGGGCAGGGCCUCCUGACCUGGGCCCAGGGCCCCAGCGGAUCCUAGAUGAACCACUAGGGGCCAACACCACCCCUCCUCCACCAGCCCCUACCCCUGUGAUGCUGCCCGCCCGCAGCUGCACCCACGUGCGGAUCUGCCAGGAGUGCCGGAGGAUCCAGAGCCUGAGAUCAGGCAGCAGUAUAGGAUCAACCUCAACAAGAAUACCACCUUCAUCAGCACCCCUGCCCAGGCUGCCCCCUCCCCCACCCCCAUCCUCAUCCAACACAGACAGUGAGGGCGGAGGGGGGCCCAGUCCAAGGCGGCUACACCACAGCCCUCCGCCUCAUACCUCCCGACCCAUUCCACCUCCACAGAACAGCAACACCACAGAUCUACUGGGUGACCAGGACUGAGACCAGAAGUAGUGUGCGGGGUGAGAGGGCAGUUGAUGUGACUGAGGACCAUUUGUGCUGCUGAGAGAAACACUGCUUGUUUCCACAGAUGAAAUUUAUUGGAGAACGAAAUGAGGGAGUGAUGGAGGAAAAAAACAAAAUCGGCAACGUAAGCCAAUGGAAGAUGAGACGGCCUUUAAAAGGAGAAUGAAGCCAAACCAUGACCCUUUCUCCAGCAGAGCUUGAGGCUUACAGAUACAGAACUUUAUACGAGCACGCUGUGAGAUGGUCGUCAGUUAAGCUUCAAUGAUCUUCAGUUGGGACGAAUCUGAACAGAAAUGCACAUGACCAGAUGAUGGUUUCCAUUGGCUUCCUUUUUCUCUCCUUACUCCCCCUCUCACUCCUUUAGAUUUGAGGGCGCUGGUUUUCUCCUGCAGACACUUCCCUGAAAGCUAACUACCCCUCUAGUAAAAUGAAGCCUUGUUGGAGGACAUACUGUAUCCGUAUGUGAUUUAAAACAGCAACUAAAAGACUUCCAGAGAAUUAUUUCCUGUUGUUUUUUUCUUUUGUUGUCUUUCUUGUUUUGUUACCAUUGUUCUAAGUGGGAAUUACAGAGUUAAAUACAGACUACGUGUGACAAUAUGGUGGAUUAUAACAUACUAAGAAACUCGACUGCGGCUAAUUGUGUUCACGAGUUUUGUGUCCCUCCCUGUGCCCCAUAGCUGCUUUCUGGAUGGUAUCAGGGAAGGUGGAUGAAAGGACUUCAAGACGGCAACAUAAUGCAAACAGUAGCAGAGGAAACUGUUGGUCUGCCUUUCUUUAUACUGUGCGUGUGUGUGUGUGUAACAAUGUGCUCCCUGUAAGUCUGUCUGUAACUACUCAAAGUGAGGAGAACCAUGUAUCCAGCAACGGCACCCUUCUACAAAUGUAAGAUAAUCAGACAGCCGCAAAAAAAAGAGGAGAAAGAGCAAGAGGCUUUGAAAUGUGAAAUUAAUGUCCCUCGUUAUCCUGGGUAACACUUGCCAAGUCUUUACGUCUUUUUCACCUCCGUUCACACAGCGUGGAGGAGAUAGAGAGACCGGGGCGAGGCAGAGCCAGAGAGCCAAGAUAGAGGAGAACAGAAAGAGAGGAGAUAGAAGGAGGCAGAGAGUGAAAAGGACACUACUGAAUUUGAAUUAGAAAUCCCUAACUGAACUACUUCCAUUAUUAGAUCUGUCCUGAUCUGUUAAUUCUGGGCAUCUUUUAAGGGGCUUGUUAAUGCGCCAGCAGGCUGUAGCUACAGCUUCUUCCCUUCUCUCUGUUUAACUGACAGACUUGGCCGUCCUCAGUGGAGGCUCCUGCCAGAGUGAUAGACUCAACAUAGCCUUGUCAAUACUGUCUCAAGCUUUUGAUCGCCUAAUUACUCCCCUCGGUGGCGGGGGACUCAUUCAGGAGGGGCUGAACACAGGGAAACAUGCUGAUAAAUAGAUUUAGAAGAAAUACAUGUUUUUCACUCCGGCUGCGAAGGGAACCUGGUUUCUUUUAAUUAUGCUGUUAAUGUUAAAGUCCUGCUGUUUUGUUAAACUCCAACUGAAGCUAAACACUACAGUUUAUUAGCUGCGGUGCUUAAAGGGAACACACUGGUGGAUUUGCAUGUUUUAGUUCUUUAACUUUAAAUUGUGCACACUUAUGUUAUUGCUGAUGAUUAUUGCAGGCAAACCAGAAGUUUCUAAACCGAUUUCCAAUCUCCCAAGUAGCUUUCAUGGCAAGUUAUUGCAUUGUAAUCACAAAGAACAUUAGAGACAAGGCUGGUUGUAUUUUUCUUAUUGUGGACAAAUCCAGUGAAAACACCAAAACCAACAAUGAGCUGAUCUCAGUAGCCAAAGCCUCAUGUAGCUUAUUCCUCUGUGCUAUCGACCUCCAUUGUUUAAAACGCAUUAAUGAGUCACACUGCUGCACUGGUUUGAGUAAUGUUUGCUAAAAACAAUUAAAAAAUUAAUAUAUUUGUGCCCAUUUUUUUAAGAGUUAGGUCUUCUGUGGGACUAAAGGCGCUGAGUGUCACAAACAGGCUGCAGAAGCUGGAAACUAUGGUGAGAUAGAUCAACACAUUAAUGGUUUUUGGUCUUUUCAUUGACUUUUGUUGACAACACUGGCAGCCUAAUCCUUCAAAGUCUGCUUUAAUUGUAGGGAAAAUAAAUGCUGAAUGUGUUGAGGCCACCAGGUUGCAGAUCAAUCAUCGUAUUCAUCCAAAAGUAAUUAAGUACUUGCUUCCAUUGAUCAUCAAGGAUCACCACUGAAACUGAUAAGAUCAUUUUUCAGGGUGUCUGCAGGUCCUUAAAAAGUCUUAAAUUCAGAGUCAUUUGAUAUUCUAAAAUUUGAAUUUGUGAGGUCUUAAUUUGGAUUUAUUGAAAGGGUAGCCCCUUGAGAUAUAGCAUCUCAUUUUCAGACCUGUGGUUCCCUAUUGGUCCAGCCACAGCUUCCAGAUUUUUCCUUCGUCAUUAGUUCAAGGUCCCCACAGAUUAAAACAUUCAGCGUUAUACUUGCAAUUGGCCAUGUCGUCGAGCUAGUUAGCUGUCUGUAAUUCACUCAUUCUACACCGACGCCCUAAACAUCUAAUACCAUUUAUCAAUUUUGUCAAGUUCUUCUGCGUAAAUGUCAACAUUUCUGAUGUUGCAAGUUUUUAAACCUACCACUGAACCUAAUACUGUCUUUUAACUUGAUACUUACACCUACCUGUUGUCAAAAUGUAACUUACUCACUCUAAUAACCGUAAACCUACAUAAAAACUACCUAUAGACUGGAUCACAUUAAUGUACUACUUAUCUUCAUACUUAACUGCAAUGCUUUAAUAAGAAGAAGAUCAUUUGUCCAAAGAUCAGAUCAUUUCCUUUAAAAUGAUCUUGAAACAGUCUUAAAAAGCAUUAAAGUGUCUGAUACCUGCAGACACCCUGGUUUUAGAUCCAUACUAAAUGAGGUGUGAUUGGUUACUGCAGCAUGACUUCCUGUUUGUUUACUCCAAACAUACCUGUAAUCACUCUAAUGUGCGGCUGCUGUGUCUCUGUGGUACGAACACCUCUGUGAAACGUCCCCUCAGAAACAAAUGUCCUGAUUUUUUUCCACAAUAGCCUAUCGUCCCAUUUUCUUUUUUAUAUGUAAUCAUGAUCAAGUGCUGGAUUAGCAUUUUCUGCUCCGCAGGUCAUUGACUCAUCAGUGUCUCAGUGUUCAUUGAAUCUAAUCGGUUCCCAAAAUAUUCACUGUGGAGUGAUUCACCACUUACUGAACUAGGAGGCGGUUUUAAACACACCCUUAGUUACAGUUGACAUACUUUGUUCUAAAAAAAGUCUUUUUUGUUGUUUGAUGGUGAGCUGAUGCAACGUUUUCGAUGCAAGAAAUUACUGAAUUCCCAUCAUCAUGUUCAGUGUAUGCUCAUUGUUUAUCUUUUAUGGUUUGAUAUCCUGACAGCAGAUUUCAUGAAUGUAUCAGCAGCUGAUUCUCACUUCUAUCAGUCAGUCAGUGUUUCCAAUAGACUUUUUCUUUUCCCUUCUCCAUUUGUACCACAGUCCUUGAUAGUGUUGUCAAGAUACCAAAAUGUUGACUUUGAUACCAAGUUUACUAUCAGAAUACACCAAUACUGAAACAAUACUGAUUUGAUAAUCGAUACCAAAUAGAUCAGAAACAAAAUGUCCACAAGGCUUGAUCACACUUUAUUGUAAAACCAUGAGACUCACAGAGCGCACAAGGAUUUCAUUCUAGUUUCAUACAGUGCUAAUUCAGUGCUAAUCGUUGGUUAUAUUUACUGGAUUAAAUGUCAAGAUUAUGUAUCAUGGACCUGCCCUGCACAAUGCCCAUAUAUUAUUCUAUGGAGAGUUCCAAAAUCACAAACUAUAAUUCAACCAAUCACUGUGGGCGAUGUUAUGUUAGCUAAAUUUGUGGUGGGAAUUUGCCUUUUUUACUCGCUGUUCUUUGUGAAAAUAUCGAGCCACUGUAGUUUGUAAGUGACAUGUAGCUAGUAGUAAUAUUAGCCCAAUGCUAUUUCACAAUUUAAUCAUUUUGAAAAGCACCAAAAUGAGACUCCCAAAUAACUAUAGCUUAAUACGUUUGUCGUUUUGGAACUUGUCAUGCUGUUAACGAUACACAGUAGGCCUCAUAUUGAUAUGUGACGCUCAUGAUCAGCUGCAUAUUCCAUAUAAUACAGCAGCUUUUCACAGCGCUACCGCUAGCUCAUUGCUAACCUGUCGUGUUCUUGGUGUCUGUCACUGUCUGAGCUGCUUAGCGAGAUUAUGUAGUGUUUCCUCCCUUGUACGACACUGUUUUAUAGCAGCUUUUACAUACAGGCGUCGUUAUGUCAGUGGGUUCACCAUCAGUGUCAGCUAGGUAGGCAAAAUAGUCCCACUGUCGACUUCAGCCAGUUUUUUUAACCAGUACAGGGCUUUGAGGUAUCAUUUACGCUGUUGCUGUCAGUAGUAGACACCAUGAGGCACUGCUUUUCUCUCAGUCAGAGCUAAGGGUUGCGCUGUAUUAACAGAGAUUAAUUCUCAGCUGAAAUGUCCCCUGAUCACGACACAUUUAACAGAACGUUGGGAAAUUUUAACACUGAACCAUUUUUCACAGAAAAUUACCAAAAAAGUACCAAAAUUUUCAACACUAGUCCUUGACACUCAUGAGUCUCCUCCAAUACACAUAAAUGUACCAGCUGUUUCACCUUCAAGUGAGGAGCUUCCUGCUGUCACCCAAACAGGAACAUAAUCCCUCACUGGCUUCCCACCCACCCAUUUUCAACAGUAAUACAAAGUGUGUGACGCAACAUGCAAUCCAACCAGUUCAGCCCUUCACAAAUAACCUGAAAAAGGAAACAGUGGCAUUGUUGUCUGAGCCAACAUUGCAGUGCUGUAUGAAAGUAUGCAUUUUGCAGCGGAACAGAUUUGUCGACAGUGUCGUGCUCCAGAUAAUGACUGAUAACAUUGUUUGCACACAUUACACUGUUUCUCCGAAUGAUUGCUGUCAGCAGAAGCAGGCCCGGGUUUGAUGUGUCUCUUUCUCUCUGUUUACUUCUGCCUUUGUGUUCAGAAUGCUGACAAGGCAACACGAGCCAGCCCCUUUUCAGGAGAAGUCACAGUACACUCACACACACAAACACAAACACAAACAGAGACACACUCGUCCACAACAUCUUCAUUUCCAAUUCCCUUGUUGUCUAAAGGUUGUAAACCCACUGGUUGUUUUUUGUUCUUUUUAAAAUUUGUCUCUUUUCUAUGUCUUCUUUGGUUUGUUAUGUGUAUAAAAUCAAAAAAUCUGAUAUGUGACAGCACCGUAUGGCCAACACGUGGCUAUCGACAGCUUUAAACCAUCAGCUGAAAGUGUUUAUGAGCUGCAAAGCAUUGUCGUGGAAAGGCGAGAGGAGCGUGCAAAAAUAUUGCUAGUAGGAAUAUUAAAGGGAAGGGAGGGUCACAAAACAAAUCUGAUGGGGUGUCCGAACAGUCGCUCCACAAAACAAACCUUUUUGUUUACUUUUAUGUUCUUUUCUUUGGUAUUUUUUCAUAUUUCUAUACUAGUGCUAAAUGGAUUAUUAAAACUGAUGAUGAAUAUUA